ACAUUUCUGUUCCAAUGGAGGGACCUGGUGUCCUGGGCAAGAUGAUCUCGGGUUGAGGGUGCGUUGCAAGCCUAGAUUCGUGUUAGAAUGGGGAAUGCAGCAUCCGAAGAUGAGAAGGAGAUGGAGCAGAAGGAGGGAGCACUGGUGCACUUGUCUCCCGAGAACGUCCUUGCCGAAGACGUGCGGAAGCGGCUGACGCUUGUCCAGCAGAAUCAUGAUCUUCCUCAUUCUAGAAAACCAGAAGGUAUGCUGGAUUUGAAGGACAUUCCCCUUGUCAUGAGGGAAACUUGGAGAGGAAGUUCUAUGCCCAUCCUCGUGCCACCUGUUGACAUCAACUGCAUGGCCUGGGACAGCCCAGGAUUGCUGACGGAACGUUCCCAAGGGGAUGGCAUGGAACGCAUUGAGGCCAGCCUGGAGGAAUAUGGGUACCAAGCAGAGAAUUUCCCUUUACCUCUCAUGAAGAGCCCUGAAAAAUUACCCGACUCUGCCAUUCUGCUCCCACCGGCCAAGACAGCAGAACGCAACCGAGAGAACCUCCUCUCACGCAAAGAGCCCAAGUUUGUGCCAUAUGAGCCAUAUCGUGGAGCCGUAAAGCCUAUCAUACCUCAGCCGAGACCCCAUAGGCGGCGACACCGGAAGCUCUCUGGCUCCAGUGUUGUGAGUUUACCUAUUGGACAUGAAAAGUCUGAGUCACCCGUGGAAUGGGAGGAAGAGCGCCGGGAACUCGAGCGGGAGAUGGAGGAGCUGCGGAAGGAGAAACAGGAGUUGGCCCAUCAAGUGGCCAUGGAGUCUCAGGUGAACACAGAGCUGAAGAAGCUCCUUGUGGCAUGCAUGGGGGAGGACUUUGAAUCCAAGCUGGUGGGCCUGACCCGAGACAAAGCCCAGCUGGGUGACCGGGUCCAGAAGUUCACCAACACACUCAGCAUGGAGCUGGAAGAGAAGGAUCGCCUCUUUGGGCAGUGCGAGGUGUGGAAGAGCAAGUUCCUCGCCAGCAGUCUGCUUGUGGACGAGCUCUUGCGAUGCAAGGCAGCAAUGGGGAAGAGGCUCACUGAUGCCCAUGCUGCCCUCAGGGGGCUUCUGGAUGAGCACAAGGAGAUCCAUGGGAACCUCAUUCGUUUGAGCAGGAGUUUGGAAUCUUCAGGCAGUGCUCAGGGAUCUGUGGAUGUUCGGAAGCUCAAUGCUGUGGAGCUUUCUUCUGUACUUCAAGGUGUUGGUGUGGAGAAUGGCAUUGGACCAUCCCCAGAGCAGUGUUCCCUGUCACCUGCUGAAGGCAUUGCUAUACGGGUGCUGUCUCAGGCUCUACCGGAACCCGAACUGCUGACGGCAGAGGUCCUCAGCCGUCAGGUGCAGGGUUCGGCUCAACCGUACCUCCGCCUCGGCAUCGCUCCCAACAACGACGUGCGAUACGAAAAGCUCACCGUCAACUGCUGCGACAAGUGUGAUGGCGAGAUCCACAUCAUGUGAUCCUCAUCAAAUGCAUAAUUGCUCUUCUUGAAAAGUGUGGUGGAUUCCUGAAUGAGUAGCCUUACAGAAGUGAGUCCAGUGGCAUCGUGUGUUCAUUGUGUUCAUAUUCCACAAUUUUUUUAUUGCAUCCAUGUUGAAAACCCUGCAGAAGUUCAGCAUUGAAGUCUGCAAGAGUUACUUUAUGUUUUGCCCACAAAACUUAUGUAUCUUCUGUUGAAGGUGAUAGGAAAUCUCUAUAUCUAUUUGGCAUUAUGUUUUUUUUCCCCCUCAGCUAGAUGAACCAUUGAACAUGAUCAUGUCACAAAUUUUUAAUGCAUGCCAGACUUUGCAAAUGAUUGCCUUUGUGUCGUCUUCCACUCGAACAUUGCACAUCAGUUAAUCCUACUGCCAUGUUUGAGGUUAGGCAAAGGGGAAGGCCAUCUUUCAGCCUUAGGUUCAUGUAGUACUCUGUAUUGUCGACUGACGGAGUCAGUAUUGCUGUCAAUCGGGUAUCAUGGGCCCUUUUUUUUUCAGGAUAUGUUGUUGAUCUAGCAAUACUUCAUAUUUAUCAGCAGGUGGUAAAUAUUUGAAGACAUUUUUUUAGACUGCCUGGAUAGAUAAAGCUCCAUCAUGAUUGCUCACAAGAGUCAGUGUCCUCCUCAUGCUGAGAGCAGCAACAGAAUAUGCACAAUAGGCCUUAGCAGGUAUGCACAAGGCAAGGUUCUUCAUCUUAUCUGAUGUCUGACCAUUCUUUGGUGUCUGGAAGAAGGGACUUUGAAAAUAUGAGAGUCAAAAUGUGCCAUUUCAAAAUUCUUUAAUUUGGAAAUAGUGUGAUAUAUAUGUUGCACUCGUCUUUUUCUUGCAUUGUGCAAUGUGGUUCAUCAUUGGCAUGAUUAUGAAUUAGAGAAGUUGGGUUCUUACAUCCCCAACACAUGAGGUGCUUGAUAUUAAGAGGAAGGAAUUUUUUUUACUGAACAGGUGGCUGCAGUCAUAUGAAUGGAGAGAGGUUGGAAAUAUUUGGUUAAUAGAUGCAUAAGAGUUUGAAUGAGGAUAUGAGGGGGAAUGCUUAGAAAUGGCAUACUCAGGAAUAGAGGAGGAUGGUUUAGAUGGGGGGCUAUGAAGAGAGUUCUAUGGAAAUAAUUGCUUGCCAGGUGAUUCAUUUGUGUGAUGGGAAGGGAAGGUGGUUCCCUCUUGUGAAACGGGUUUGUAGUUACUUGGAAAAAGGAAAGUAGGGUAGUCUACUCUAAAGGGUCUUUUGUCAUGCUCAGGUCCUUGGUUCUGGAAAUUCAAGCUUGAACCAGUCUGUUGAAUUCGCAUCAGUAUUAUCUCCACGUGGCAUUUAUGAGUCUGCUUGAUAUUUCUGGUUCUUAAGCAACAAAAGCAACAUCCAUCUUUUCCGAAAAAAUUUGGCUUUUGCUGUGUCAAAGCUGUCGGUGCUUGUCUCAUUUCCCGGUUCUCCGACACCAAAGAAUUCUCACAUCGGCAUAUCUUUCUUCAUGAUUCUCUAUCUUGAAAUUCAAAGCAGCUUCAUCAUGGACAAUUAAAGUCAAGCUUAAUUUACUGAAACCCCAUCUGUGCCAGAUCUCCCUUGGCACCUGCCUUCAUCUGAAAAAAAUGCAUCUGCCUUUAAUUUUCUAUUUUUCUCCAUUUUCGUGUCAUCUUCUGUCGCAUGGAGUAUGCUUGAGUCAUCUGUGUUACAGAAUUCCGGUAUGGUGCACACUCUGCACAUUCCACUUGAUGAAUCUUGUUUUUUUAUUUGUGAUCCAAUCACUGUGAAUCGUGUGAGGUUUACUUAUGGAUGGUGCUUCUUGGUCAAAUCUCAACACUCAAAUAUGAAAGCCAACUGUUUUAAAACUUAAAAUUUUAAAUUGUGAUCCUUGUGAUGGUGUGGGUUGCACUUCCCAUUUCUUUUAUUUUUUUUUCCCAUCUGUGCACUCAGUGCUCAUCUGUGUUGAUGUUGGAGUGAUUGAAUUCUCCCUGUCGUUUGUUCCAUUAUUAUGAAAUGUAUGGAAAUAUAUAUUUGAUAGGUGCAGC